AUGGAGGCAGAUCCCCCUCCACACUCCUCGACACGGCCCAUGCUACGGCUGCAGGCGACCAGCUUUUCCGGGUACUCCGCGCCCUCUCUCUCGCCGUCCUUCAAGCUGGAUGAAGGCUACUCGGAUGAUACACGGAGCCAGCCCGACAAGGAAACUGUGUCAGACGAUGCCAUGGUGCUCCCAGACUGGGUACUAUCCCAAAAUGAGGCCGAUAGAGCUGGUACGUUCAGAAUAGGAUGGUCUCGUUUGCCUUCUCCGACCGCUAAUUCGUGGCCCCCCUCGACGACAGAGCUCGCAUAUAGCCUCCUCCGUUCCUUGACCACCUCCAACCUCAUUGCUGUGAUUGAUCGACUUAACCCAUUACUUCAUAUGGACCCCGUGGUCAAGCUUCCUCCGGAACUGACCUUCCAGGUCUUUUCCUAUCUCGAUACGCAAACACUUCUAACAGCUUCGCUCGCAUCCCGUUCAUGGCGGAGUCGUAUCCUAGACUCGGGUAUUUGGAGGGUGCGCUACAUCAAUGAAGGGUGGCGAGCGGACAUGCACGCUAUUCGAAACUUUGAGCAGGAACAUGCAGAAGCCAUGUCACCCCUCACACGCCGAGCCCGACCCCAACACUCAGACCCAGACUUGGGAGAGCCGAAACACAAGAAACGCGUCCUUCCAACAUGGUUUGCUUCUCGCGCAAAUAAAGAUGGUGCAAAUGGUCAUACUCCCACAGAAGCCGAUGAAGAAGGCGACCACCACAUGACCGAUGGCAGCGACCGAAGAGGCUCUCAUUCGCUUUCAGUCACACCAAGCUCCCUGCCUCGGCCUCCCUCCGUGCUUAUCCCGCCCCUUAAAUCCGCUCUUCUUUUGCGUUGCCCGGACGGUACCGUGAAGGUAAAUUGGCUCCAUCUGUACAAACAACGCCGAAGGCUCGAAGCCAAUUGGCACCAUGGUCGUUUCACCAAUUUCCAGCUCCCGCACCCCUCUCACCCGGAAGAGGCCCACCGGGAAUGUGUCUAUGCAAUUCAGUUUGAAGGCCAGUGGCUUGUCAGCGGAAGUCGGGACAAGACAGUGCGGGUUUGGGAUUUGGAGACCAAACGAUUAUGGCAUCGCCCGUUGGUGGGCCACUCCAAAUCAGUGUUGUGUCUUCAAUUUGACCCGAGUCCCGAAGAAGACAUCAUCAUCUCCGGCAGUAGUGACAAAUCUGUGAUCAUAUGGCAGUUUUCUACGGGAAAGAAAAUCCAGCAAAUCCAGAACGCGCAUUCGGACUCGGUUCUCAACCUCAAAUUUAACCACCAAUAUUUGGUGACCUGUUCGAAGGACCGGACAGUCAAGAUAUGGAAUCGCCAAGAAUUAACCCCGCUGGACGAGAGUUAUCCCCGUGUGAGCAACACCAGCGGAGCAAGCUACCCUUCCUACAUCGUCGAUUUGGACGACAUCGCGCCCAGUGAUCUUGAGACGAGCAUCGCGAAUGGCCAUAUCAAAGCGUUGAGGCCGUACACUCACCUCAUGACAGUGGAAGGGCAUGGAGCUGCUGUGAACGCCAUGGAACUCCGUGGCGAUGAAAUAGUUACUGCCUCAGGAGACCGCAUGAUCAAGGUCUGGAACGUCCGCAGUGGAGCUUGCUUGAAGACGUUGAUGGGUCACUUGAAGGGCAUCGCAUGCGUUCAAUUUGACAGUCGCCGGAUCGUCAGUGGCAGCAAUGAUAACACGGUCAGGAUAUACGACCACAUUUCCGGCGCCGAGGUCGCAUGUCUGCACGGCCACAAUAAUCUAGUUCGCACUGUGCAGGCAGGAUUCGGAGAUCCUCCCGGUGCUGAUGAAGCUCUGCGCCUCGAAGCUCGAGAGGUCGAACUUGAAUUCAUAAGAGCACAAGAAGCCGGUGCACCCGUCGAACUCGGCCCAAGGGCCCUACGACGCGCAGGUCAUCAUGUGAACACUGCCGGCUCCCGCGAUCCCCGCAAUAUCUCGGCCAUCGGUGCCCAAAUUCCCCCUGGAGGCGGGGGUAGUCAAUGGGCUCGCAUCGUAUCCGGAUCUUAUGACGAAUCCUUGGUGGUCUGGCACAAAGAACGGGAUGGAGCAUGGAAAGUUGGCCUGCGUCUACAGCAAGAACACGCCUUAUCCAACGCAUCCCGAGCUGGUCUCAGCGAAACCGCGCAAGCCACAGUCUCCGCACAAGCCCAACAAUUGCAAGCUGCCCAUGCACUGACAGCUCUACCUGCUGGUCAAGGGCCGGCUGCUGCUGCUGCUGCUGCUGCUGCGACACCGGAUCAAAACGCCAAUGACGAGACUCCGCCUGCCAAUCAUGCCCAUAACAACGCGGCCACAAACGGGUCUCCGCCAAAUGCCGCCGUAAAUCAGCCUCCUCCUGCUCAGGCUAUCGCUCCGGCGGCUGCUCCACAGCCCCUUGGCCCCCAUAUGAUCGCCCAUGGAGCACGCCGACCAGCCUCGCUCCCUCAUUCUCGAGUCUUUAAGGCCCAAUUUGACUCCCGCAAGAUCAUUUGCGCUAGCGUUGAUCCUCGCAUCGUCGGUUGGGACUUUGCCUGCGAAGACGAGGAGAUCUUGGAAGCAUGUCCCUUCUUCCAGGUGCUUUGA